CAUUUCAAUUCACCUUCGAACGCGCUCUUGUUUAUUCUUGUUCUCACUUGUUCGUGUCUCCUGCGCCCGGAAUCAGCUGAGUCUCGACCUAGUGCUUCAGAGGAAACAAUUUUAGGAGAUGGAAGACAUAAAAGACGUCACUGUAGAGCCCCUGACUUCGUCGCAGUUUGUGAAGCCUUAUCGAAUGCAUUACAAACAAAAUAAUAUCGAGAAAAUCUGGGAUCUAGUCAGUCUUCAUGAGAGUGUUUCCAUUAUUAUCUUCAACACAGAUAGAAAGAAACUUAUUCUUGUAAAGCAGUUCAGACCAGCUGUGUAUUAUGGUGGAAUACCCCGGGAGGAGCGGAAACUGGGGAGCACGGACACAAACAAAUACCCAGGGUCAGCAGGAUUGACCAUAGAGCUCUGUGCUGGUAUUGUUGAUAAAACUAAAGAUUUAGCACUAACUGCAAAGGAAGAAGUAUUGGAAGAGUGUGGAUAUGAGGCACCACUGGAAAGCUUUGAGAAAGUGUUGAAAUACAGAUCGGGCGUGGGAGUAUCAGGUGAUCAGCAGACAGUGUUCUAUGUGGAAGUAACAGACGAGAUGAAGGUAUCACAAGGAGGAGGAUUAGCAGAUGAAGGAGAAAUGAUAGAAGUUGUGGAAAUGUCCAUACCGGAAGUUCAACAGUACCUGAGUCAGCCGGAAGUGAACUCUCCUGGGGGCCUCCUCUUUGGACUCAUGUGGUUCUUGAAUAACAAGGCCCCAAAAGAGUAACUUUUAUUGGACUGGCCAUAACCUAGAUUAUCAGGAGUGCUUUUUCUUCUUCCUCUUCUUUUUCCUUUCUCUAUACCACCUUAAGUACUGAAGAUUCUGCAGAUGUUUUGAGGGUACAAGUUUUAGCACUUUUUUAUUUCAAAGAGAUACAGUAUUAUGUUUUCUGUAUUUUAGUAUUUACUCCAUUUGUGGGAACUAUGAUGUGCAUUGCUGUAGAACUAACAUGUUACCUGGAGAAAUGUGCAAAUACAAUAACAGCUCAGGAGUUUGGUUUAGCUAUCUUAUCUCUUAGAGGAUGAAACACCACCAUUGUUUUCAUAAGUGUAUAUGCACUUGAUAGAACAUGGCAAAACUCUUUAAAAAAAAAAAAAAGUUUUUAAACUGUACACAUUAGAAAUAUGUGUGCAUUAAAUUAGAUAGAAAAAAAUACACUUUUCCCAUCCUGUGUGCACGUGAAGCUUUGAACUUUCCUGUUCUUUAGGAGGUAAUUUACAUUUACUUGUAUAUUGUUUCACAGGUUAAAGUUAUACUUUGUAAGAAUACAGUUUUGGUUCCUUGUAAGUAGCUCUUAUUUUGUUUCCAGAUUGUAAAAGUGAAUCACGAUGAUAAUAUGAUAUUCCAUGCAUGAAGAUGAAUUUUGAAACAGGCUUUUAAAAUCUUCAGAGAAUAUGGUUUAACCUUUUAUUUUUUUAUGUUAGAGAGUACAAAUUUUCUCAGUUUUAUUACCUGUACAUGACAGGUAUAGUGAAUAAAUGUAUGCAGUGAUAUAUUCAGUAAUGUUGAAAUGGGUGCCAGUAGUAUCUCUGCAGCUGAAAAUGCUGUCCUCUUAAUGUAAUUCACAUUGAAAUGUCAAUGUUAAUGAUAGCAAAUGUCGUUAAACAAAAUAGACUUCUCUUAGGAAAUGAUUCAUCAUUGUACAUCCAUUCACUAAAGGUUCGCUUGAUAAAAGUAAUCUCUUGUGUUAAAAAAUUUAUAUAGUGAUUUUUUUUGUUUCAUUUUAUCCUAGAUAUUUUUUCUGGACUAGUUUCCCUAUAAAGUACUGUACUUUUCUUAAAGAAAGAUUUCAGAUGUAUGAAAAUUGCAUGGAACUAACCAGAUAUUCACACAAUGUCUUGGGCUUGAUUUAUGUUGCUUAGUGCAAAAGUUAACAGGAAAAUACUCCAGAAGUAAAUAAGCUUUCUGUCAGGAUCAGAGUAUAGAAACUACUUUCUGAAUUUUGCCUGCAGUAUUACUUUAUAAUCCACCUGUAACAUUCAGUCUAUAAAAUACUAGUUAAUAAUCCACUGUGCUCUUUAAAAUAUGCAAAUCCUGUUUCAGUCUGCUUUUUUUUUUUCAAAAUACAUGAAACUUUUUUUUGCCUUGUAAGUCUUUAAUAUUUCCUCCACAAUUCUAAAAUAUAAAGCUUGAAUAUUGACGUUCUUAGUUUAUUGCUUAUCUUAUUAUUGUUUAAGCCUUGAUGUCUGGCACAUUUAUUUGUUUAAACUAUUGGCCAUUAUUGUUUAAUUAAUUUGAAUGUUGGUGUAAUCUGUCACUUCUACCACAUAGUGCUUGGCUGCCAUAUUGACUGCAACAUGCUAGGUAAUAGACAGAUGUGAUGGUUAAUGCUGUCAACACUGGCAAAGUGAUCUUUUCUGUGUUCAGUGCCAUCCCUAAAAAGUUUUUUUUUUCUCAAGUUACACCUCCAGGCAACAAAUAUUCUUCUAUUGUAGUUGCAUACAAUUGUGAUGAUAGAAAAAUGCUUCCAGGCAUUGGGAAAUUUUAGUUGCUACAUCUCACUGCUUGCUCAUGGUGACAGGAACACUCAGCAGUCAGUGAACUGUAGAAUGUUUACUUCUUGGUAUGGCAGUUGUAUGCUACUUGAUGCCACCCACAAUUACCAGGUUCCUUGAACAGUUCUUCAUUGCUCAUAUAAUCCAUCUUGGUCUGGCAUGCGUCACUUUUGGUCUGUGUCCAUUAAUGCAAUUGCUUCCUGGUGUAGUGCCUGAUUUUAACAUUGAUCAGCAUCAAUGGUGCCACUUCAACCAUCAAAAUGCCCAUCAGUGGUUAUGUGCUUUCAUUGUCGCCUGGCCUAUCUCCUUUUGCACUUGCUAGAAAACUACCAUCUGCUGUCUUGCCAUCCACAACUUUUCUACCUCAUUUGCCUGACUGGGAAAUACUUGUUAAAAAAAAAAAAAAAAAAAAAAAAAACACCAUGGACUAUUUUGCAGUUCAAAAAAACAUACUCCAGUUUUAGUUGCUUAUGGUUUAGAUAGACGACAACUGUGAGUCAUCCUUGUAAUGAGAAGCAGUAAUAAACAUGUGCAGAAGGUCCAAAAUUACAUACUCAUUUACAUUUUCUUAAUGUACUUACAGCUGCUCCUGCUGUUUUAUUUAAAGAAAAUCCAGUUGAUAUUUUUGGCCAAAAGCUUUAAUGGUUGGGCCAAUGCUAGUUAAAUACAUUGUAAUUACAGAUUCAUGUUACACAGCUCUCUUUAGCCACAAGUCAGUAAAAUACUUGAAAAUAUACAAAUUUGCAAUAAGGGUCUGUGAGUGUAGACACUGAUGUACAAAAUUUAGUUUAUGCUGAAUCUAAUUGGCUUUAUUUGAAUGCUUACUCUUGUCCAUUUUAGUGUCCUUUACUUCACAUUUCUAAAAACUCAGAAUGCUCCUCUGUGGUAUUUUUAGAUGGUACUUUUAUGUACUUAUGUUUUAGUGUUUCUUAUUACUUUGUAUGAGCUGUUAUCAGUAUUUUAAUUUUGUUUGUGAGGAUUUAUUUUUAUAGUUUCAUGUACUUAAAAGUGCAGGUUAUGUUUUUAUUUCAUCUUACUUCCAUUUUAGAUUUUAAUACUACACUGAUACAAUAUUACUGUAGUAUGCAUUUAUUUGUUUUAGAUAUUGGAAACAACAGAUUUCAGUAUUAAUCUGUUACAGAACAUUCCUAUCAGAAUAUGCUACAAUCAGAUUUUAUUAAUUUUUCAUUUCAUACCACUUUGCAAAUAUCACAGCAUUUAUGGAAUCUUAAUUUUGAUUUUAUAUAAAAGGUGCUUAAAAUCAUGUAGGAACAGCUUUUCAAAAGAGUAGUGUGUAGAUGCAAAAUGUGCACAGGAAAAAAUCACUAGUAUAUGACAGCUUGAUGCACAAGAUUUAUUUUUUACUAUUUGUAUUGCAUACUAUAUGUUAAAAUAGAAAUAAAGUUUUUGGAAGCAGA